GAGUGUUACAAUUCUCUACUCAAGUGUUGGCGGAAGCUUUUGCGGUUGGAGUAAUUUGGCUUCAUGGUCCUCCAAGGACUGUGGUUCCUGACCGGGACCCCAGGUUCUUACACUCCUUUUGGCAAGAAAUUAACCGCUUACAGGGAUCUACUCUUGCUGGGAGUACUGCCUAUCAUCCACAAUCGAAUGGGCAGUCUGAACUCUCAACAAAUGUGUAGAGAAGUAUCUCUGAUGCUAUGUUGCGGAUGUGCCUUCGAAGUGGGUCGCUAUGCUACCUUGGGCUGAAUAUUAGUACAAUACAUCCUACCAAACAUCAGCAAAGAUGACCCCUAUUCAAGCUUUUUAUGGUCAUGAACCCCUGACUAUUGCUCGCUACAUAAUGGGCAGCAUUGCUAGCGAGCUAGUGGAAUCAUAUUUGCUCCAACGAGAUGAAGUGUUGCAGUUGCUCAAGCACAACUUGACCAAGGCACAAACACGCAUGAAGACUUUCGCUCACAAGUCCAGUACUGAGGUUAUCUUUGAGAUUGGAGACUGGGUUUAUGUCAAAUUAAAGCCCUAUAGGCAAGUUUCUCUUCGUUUGCAAAAGGAUCACAAACACGGUAGACGUUACUUUGGUCCUUCCAAGUCAUCAAGAGGGUUGGCUCAGUAGAUUAUAAGUUGGCACUUCCGAAGGCUGCAAAGAUUCACCCUAUAUUUCAUGUCUCUAUCCUCAAGCGAUGUGUUGGAAAUCCAGACCAACAAGUUACUCCGCUACAAUUGACUAUUUUGCAGAUCCAACCUUGAGGACAAGGGUGCUUUGCAGAGAGGGGGUAUUGUUGUAAAUACAAACAUGCUGGUAGAUAACAAAGAUGACAGGGAGGAUGCCACAAAAGAAGAGCACAUGGGUAUGCCACGUAAGGGUGCUAGAAGAGUGAUUCCUCCUGCUAAACUUGGGAAUUACGUUUGGAAAAGAAGAAGGGUACGUGAGUAAAAAGGCAAAAUUUGUUAGAAGGAUAGUGGAUUCUGAUUUUCUCAUCUCUUUCUUCUGAUCUCUCACCCCCUUCUUUCAUCUACCCUUAGUUACUCUACUCUAUGCAAUUUCUAUUGUAAUAGUGGUAUUUUGAUUGUUGCUAUAGCGCGCCAAUUCUUAAUACCAGUUAAGAGUUUUGUUACUGUUCUAUAAAAUUUGCUUUUGUUACAUAUAUAUUGUCCUUGUAAUCUACCAAGCAUCUAUGGAUUUAUU